AUGCUGCGGGCUCACGCUGAUUCAGCCCUGCAUGUUCGGUUCAUUCCAAUCGAGCAAAGCCUUAUACCCCAGAAGCAACGAGGCUACGAUUUUCUGGCCGAAGGCAGGGUACAGUAUGGAUUCGCGGCUCAGAACCUCUACGGUCAUGAGAUCAUGCAGCUGGAGAACCUGCCGAACAUCGACCAGCUCUACACUACGCGAGAUUGCCACUUCCGGCCUCAAGUGGCUGAAGUGGCUAUUGGAGCCCUGGUAGCCAGGGCCAUCAGUGCUAUGAGGAAGGAGUGCCCCAACGCUCUUCCCAUUUUGGUGGUUGCAAACUGGAAUGGCCGACAAGCGGACAUCUGCACGGAGAUGAUGGCAAGUCGGGCAGCGGCGCAGUGCCGGCACAUGAGGGAGCUAGCCGAGACGGCUGCCCAUUAUUCACAGGCUCCUUGGAGUAUGCGGCACGUCUACAUUUCAGGGCUGGCCAAUGCCCCAAUCCCAAACCGCAUCUUUCAGACCUACAUCCACGAUGACACCGUUGAGCCUAGGGAGAUGUGCGCAUCGCGGUUCUCGGAGAUGCAGCGCACUUUCUGCGAUGAUGCUUUCCUCCGCAGCACAAUCUCCUCCUGGGCCGGUAGCUAUGGACUUCAGCUCUUGGACGGGCUGAAGUCUCCUGCUCAUCGUGCAGACGUUUUCGGUAUGUCUAUCACUACCAACAUGGUAUUGGGUCUAAUUGCAGCGGAGUGGGGCACAGCCCAAGUAAGCGCGGCCCACGCGCUGGGGUACAACCCGACAGUAGCGGGGACACUUCCCUCCGAGUUCAUGGUGAUGGCCAUUGGACUCAAACAAAACCACAUCUUCCAGGGCAUCAUCUAUGGCAAGCCUGGCCACCCUCUCAUGAAGAUGGCAAUCCAGCAUGCUUUCGGCGGUCGCGUCAGGACUGCUGUUGCCAACUUGGAGUACAUGAUCUUCUGCAAGUACCUCUGGGCGACACUCGCCCACGUCGGGUGGAAUCUCUCCACCACGUAUGGCCCAGUUUACCUGUUCCAGGAAAAGCACUCCAGCCGGCACAGCAAACACGGCAGCCCUCCGAAUGAAGGGCACCAUUUCGUUACGGCGAGGGACACGCUGGUUGCCUACACGAGAUGCUGGGGCUGGCGCAAGGGCUUCCCCGACGAUCCGGACACCAGAACUCGCACCACAACGCGCAGAUUCUGGCACACUUACCUGAUCAUGGCCAUUGUGUCAGAGUCGUCCUAUUAUCGAGGCGACCUUUCCGAGCAAGACGUCUUGGAGCUGAUCCUCAGAG